AUGAUUGCUUCCGAUCGUCCCAUUGCUGGCGAUGGAUGUGAUCAACCUCUGAAGAAAAUCUUCAUACCUGACGUACUCGCAAGAUGGCCGUUUUCCCGUCGUCUCAAUCAGCACUAUUCCAGCGUCCGUGCUGAAUCAUCUGCUUGGUUCGCAAGCUUUAAAGUCUUUAGCCCCAAAGCACAAGAAGCCUUCGAUCACUGCGAUUUCAAUCUUCUUACAUGUUUAUGCUACCCAAAUGCGUGCGAAGAGCACAUUCGCAGCGCUUGCGAUUUCAUGAAUCUUUCAUUCUUCAUAGAUGAAUGCUCCGAUAUCUCGGAAGAGGACAAGUUCCGUCAACAAAAAGAUGCCAUAAUGGAUGCUCUGCGUCACCCUCAUAAGCCACGUCCCAAAGGGGAAUGGGUCGGUGGAGAAAUCGCUCGCCAAUUCUGGGAACGUACUAUACGUAACGCCAGUGGUCAAUCGCAGAAACGGUUUAUCUCGACAUUCGAUGACUGUCUAGGGGGAAUAUUGCAGCAAGUCAUCGACCGAAGCGGACAUCACACUCGUGACGUCCAAAGUUAUUUCGACGUGCGCCGCAACACGGGCGGAGCAUGGCCUUCAUUUGCCCUCUUGGAGCUGGGUCUCGAUAUCCCGGAUGAAGUAAUUUCACACCCAACAAUUGAGGAUAUGGUGGUGGCAUCCGUUGAUAUGAUCGUUCUGGCUAAUGACAUCACAUCCUACAAUGUAGAGCAAGCGCGCGGAGAUGACCGUCACAAUAUAGUAACAAUUGUCAUGCACGAGUUUGAUACGGAUAUCAACGGUGCCAUGUUAUGGGUGACGGAUUACCAUACAAAACUUGAGAAGAAAUACUUCGAGGCCAUGGCAGCCAUUCCGAAAUGGGGAGAACCCAUUGACUCACAGGUUAGGGAGUACUGUGAUGGUCUGGGAAACUGGGUGCGCGGCAACUACGAUUGGUGCUUCGAGAGCGAGAAGUACUUUGGCACCAAUAAUCUGGGAAUUCAACAGAAUAGGUGGAUUUUGCUUAUGCCGAAAGACCACUUGAAAGGAGAGAUUGGACCUAUACUUCCACAAGUCGGUGGGACCCAUUGA